GUGACACGAUGUCGAACCUGAGUGUCGUCAGCAAUACGAAGCACAACGGAUAUGAUCUGGAUGUUUAUGGAAGAGGCUCCUAUUUGUUUUAUUCCUUACACAUUCCAGCCCUCAUAUGCAUUACUUGUAGUUUCAUAUCAGCCGUGACCGUGUUGGUUUUGUCUUUUAAGACAAGCAACUACAAAACUUUCUUCAAAUGGACGAAAAGUGAGCGCUUUAUUGUUUAUCUUGCUAUAUGUGACGGUUCCUUCAACUUGGCACACUUUACAGACCAUUUUCACAUUUUGGUCACCAGAGAUCACGUGUAUCCUAAAGCUCUUUGUCAGUUUUACGGACUGAUGUUGGCCGAGUUCAUCACAGCUCAGAACCUUCUGGUCAACAUUGUAGCAAUUAAUGCGUUUCUGCUGAUGUACUUUAACCGUAACUUAGAAUUCGGGACAAGGGACUACCGUUUACUUUUGUGGACGUUUGGACUCCCCUUGCUUGGGUCAACAAUAGCUGCGUUAACUGGUCAAUUGGGUCCAAAUGGUACAUUCUGUUAUUUUGACGGAGUGACUGGGAACACAGCCAACUUUUUCUUCACCACAGUCCCUCUCUGUUUCAUCCUUCUGCUGAACACCACACUCUACAUCCUCAUAUUUCAGAAACUCACAUCAGAAACAAGGCGCUUGCGCAGAAGUAUCGGCACGCAGACGAAAACAUUGACAGCCAAUCACAAUGCAGCGCGUUCGAUGUCGCUAUUCGUCCUAGCCUUCAUCAUACAGUGGUGGGCCAUGGCAGUGUACGGACUCUGGACUUUCGUUCACCCUGACGGAGUACCAACGGCUGUUUUCCACUUUGUCACUACGUUUUCUAAUAUUGGAGGCAUACUGAAUUUCAUUGUCUUCAUAAUCAUCAGGAAAAGAUCGCUAAUGGUCGUAAAGAUAAGCGAUGCCACGAAUCAAACUAAUAUGCCUUGAAAAAAUAGUUAUGAGACAAGUUGCUGUACAUUGUAAAUUAACCGUAAAAAAUGUCGAUUGCAUUUUCAUUUUUUGUAUGUAGAUCUAUAUUAAAAAUUUACGAAAAAACGCAGAAAAUAAAAUGUGUUAUUAAGUUAUUUUAUGUUUGAAAUCGGAAGAUUAGGCUUAUUAUUUCCAUAAAAAGUUUACAAAACGACGUUUAGGUGAUAAGAAAAGCUCACCUUGGGUUGCAAUUCAGGAGAACUAAUAGGUGUGUGUGAUUUCGACUCCUAAUAGAGUGUAUUACAUCAUGUAUUCUUUUUUCUCCAUUAACAAAUUGCAAUUUCUGUUUCAU